AAACAGGACCGGCAAUUUUUAGGGUUUAAGAAACGCCCAUCUUCUUGAAGGGUUUAAGAAAGGCCUCGUUUUAAGCUACUCUCUGCCAUUGUAUACGUUCUUACACUCUCUGCAAGUACUGCAUAGCGAUGAAUUAUAGGUUCCAGAAUCUCCUCGGAGCUCCUUACAGAGGCGGCAAUGCUUUAGUAGUGAACAAUAGUCUUCUUAUCUCCCCUAUUGGUAACCGUGUUGCCGUCACUGACCUCAUCAAAUCCGAAACUAUUACAUUGCCAUCACAGUCCUCCACCAAUCUCCGCCGCAUCGCCGCCUCUCCUGAUGGCGUAUUCCUCCUUGCUAUCGACGAAAACAACCGUUGCCUCUUUAUCAACCUCCUCCGCCGCGCCGUCCUCCAUCGCAUCACUUUCAAGCAUCCUGUGGCGGCUGCCAAGUUUAGCCCCGAUGGACAACUUAUUGCGGUUGCCGCCGGUAAGCUCCUGCAAAUUUGGCGCUCGCCUGGUUUUAGAAUAGAGUUCUUUCCGUUUGAGUUGAUCAGGACGUUUACUGAUUGUAAUGAUAGAAUUACGUCACUAGAUUGGAGCCCAGACUCUGGUUAUGUGUUGGCGGGUUCUAAAGACCUAACUGCGAGGCUUUUUUGUUUGAAAAAAUCAACUAAAUAUAUCAAGCCGUUUCUAUUUUUAGGCCAUAGGGAUGUGAUUGUAGGUGCUUUCUUUGGAACUGAUAAGAAAACUAAUAAGGUUUGUAGAGUUUAUACCAUAUCCCGAGAUGGUGCCAUUUUUAGCUGGGGAUAUAGUGAAAUGGAUGGAAAUUUUGAUGAACCAUCACUUGCUUCAGAGCCAGAAUCACCAGGUACACCAGAGCAAGGGCAAGGGAACAAUAGAGAAGGUGAUAGUGAUAGCAGGGUCAAAAAAAGAAAGAAUUUUGAUGGGAAAGAUGCUACAUUGGACCUAGAUGAUAGGUUUCAGUUGCACAGACUGAAAUGGGAGUUGAUAAAGAAAGACUUUUUCAUGCAAGCACCAGCAAAAUUAACAGCUUGCGAUUAUCAUAGGGGUCUUGAUAUGGCUGUAGUUGGUUUUUCUAAUGGCAUUUUUGGGCUUUAUCAAAUGCCUGAUUUUGUGUGUAUUCACUUGUUGUCCAUCUCUAGAGAGAAGAUUACUACUGCUGUCUUUAAUGAUCUUGGGAAUUGGUUGACAUUCGGAUGUGCCAGGCUUGGACAGUUGCUUGUAUGGGAGUGGAAAUCAGAGAGUUACAUACUGAAACAACAGGGACACUAUUUUGAUGUAAACUGCCUUGCAUAUUCACCAGAUUCUCAGCUCGUGGCCACAGGAGCAGAUGACAACAAAAUUAAGGUCUGGACUGUUUCAUCCGGUUUCUGCUUUGUAACAUUCUCCGAGCACACAAAUGCAGUUACAGCACUCCAUUUCAUGCCUGGCAACCACUGUCUCUUAAGUGCCUCUUUGGAUGGGACAGUCCGUGCAUGGGAUCUCUUGAGAUAUAGGAACUUUAAAACUUUUACUACCCCUACAUCUAAGCAAUUUGUUUCUUUAGCAGCUGAUCAGAGUGGUGAAGUGAUAUGUGCCGGGACCCUUGACUCAUUUGAGAUUUUUGUCUGGUCAAUGAAGACGGGCAGAUUGCUAGACAUUCUUAGCGGUCACGAGGGUCCUGUUCACGGGCUAGUAUUUUCUCCGACAAAUGCUACUUUGGCUUCCUCAUCAUGGGACAAAACUGUUCGCUUGUGGGAUGUAUUUGACGGGAAAGGAGCUGUUGAAACAUUUCCUCACACUCAUGAUGUCCUCACAGUUGUUUAUCGUCCUGAUGGCAAGCAGCUGGCUUGUAGCACCCUGGAUGGACAUAUUCAUUUCUGGGAUCCAUUUGAGGGUCUGCUGAUGUACACAAUUGAAGGCCGCAGGGAUAUUGCAGGUGGACGUCUCAUGACUGAUCGUCGAUCAGCAGCUAACUCGACAUCUGGGAAGUGCUUCACAACUUUGUGUUAUUCCGCUGAUGGGAGCUAUAUAUUAGCUGGUGGAAAUAGUAAAUAUAUUUGUAUGUAUGAUGUUGCUGAUCAGGUGUUGCUGCGUCGCUUCCAGAUAACUCACAAUCUUUCCUUAGAUGGGGUGCUGGAUGUUUUGAACUCUAAAAACAUGACAGAGAGUGGUCCACUCAAUUUGAUUGAUGAUGAUAAUAGUGACACUGAAGAAGGUGUUGAUAAGCAAGUGAGAAAUAAAUUGGCAUAUGACUUGCCCGGGUCAAUGCCCAACCAUGGAAGAGCAGUUAUUCGAACAAAAUGCUUGAGAAUUGCCCCGACUGGCAGGAGUUGGGCAGCUGCAACUACAGAAGGGGUCUUGAUCUAUUCUAUGGAUGAGUCUUUUAUCUUUGACCCCACUGAUCUAGACAUAGAUCUUACACCAGAAGCCGUUGAUGCAGCACUAAAGGAAAAUCAGACUAGUCGUGCAGUGAUUCUUAGUCUACGUUUAAAUGAAGAUAGUUUGAUUAAGAAGUGCAUUAUUGGUGUCAGUCCUGCAGAUAUACCCGCUGUAGCAUCCUCAGUCCCUGUUAAAUAUAUUCAGAGAUUAGUUGAGGCAUUAGCAUCUCUGCUGGAGAACUGCCCACAUAUGGAGUUUAUCCUCAGAUGGUGUCAGGAACUUUGCAAAAUCCACGGCAAUUCUAUUCAGCAGAAAUCCAGAAGCUUGCUUCCUGCUCUAAAAUCCUUACAGAAGGCAAUUACUAGGUUGCAUCAAGAUUUGGCAGAUACAUGCAACUCUAAUGAAUAUAUGCUCCGAUAUUUGUGCUCUGCAAGUGAUGCAAAGUGACAGUUCUCUUUGCGUUGUUGCUCUUAGUGAUGUAUUGCAGGACUACGUUGGAAAUCUGGUUGUAACAAUUUGAUUAUGCUUCCAAGAGUUACUUACGUGAAGACAACCAGUUCCACACUAUUGUCUUAUAGCGGAGACAGAUGCACGUAUCUGUGUGGGACAGUAACUGAGGCUCACCAAUUCAUUCACUAUUGCAAAUCAAGCUUCAAACAAUGAUGCUUACUCAACCGUGAACCGUUUAUUGGACAUAAAUGGUAAGCACAUUAAUUCUGUCUCUGAGUUACUACCACAGCUUGCCAAAGAAGUCUAAUUUUUUUGGUUUUGGUUAGAAAUGAAAAUUUUGGGCUUUGUAUUUGUAUGCCAUUUUUUUGUUUUUGGUUUAGAUGUGGAAGUUUUGGUUUUCAAGUUUAGGAUUUGGAAUGAGUCAAUUGUAUACUAGAUUAGGGCUUUUUUGAAAUGCCCAAGUAAUUCAAAAUCUUAUUUAUUCA